AUGGACGAAAUUAAUUUAGAUAGUGAUUCUGAAAAGGAAUUCAAUGAAUCUGCUUCAAGUAAUAAUAAUAACAAGCAUACUUUGGAGUCAAGUGAUAUGAAUAGCAAUAAUUCAUCAAAGCGUCAAUGUUUAUUACAAAAUAUUAAAGGUAAAAAUUAUAAUAAAACCUCAGCAAAAGAUAUUUAUUUUAAUGCAAAAUUAAAAAGCUUUCAGGUUGAACAAGAACGAAUUGAGGUUGAAAAAGAUAAUACAAAAGAUAGAAAACAACAACAAAAUUGUCUUAUUAUAGAACUUAUACAUCAAAACAAAUCUUUUUCAGAAAUUAAAGAAAUGUUAGAUUUCUUUAAUAAUUUGUAA